AUGGCUGCAUUUGACCGCUCAAUCCCUUUCACAACCAAGCCUCGCGUCUUCAUCUUGACCGACAUCACCAAUGAACCAGAUGAUGCUGAGUCGUUCUGUAGGUACCUGACCUACGCCAACCAGUUCCGAACAGAAGGUGUCGUUGCCUGUACAUCAACAUGGCUCCGGGAUAGUGUGGCUCCGGAAAACCUCCAUCAAAUCAUCGACGGGUACGCUCAAGUAGUUGACAACCUGAACGCUCACGUUCACCCGAGCCAUCCUUAUCCCUCGGCCGACUACUUCCGCAACAUAGUCAAAUCUGGCCCUCCGGUCUAUGGCAUGGCUGCUAAAGCCCCCUCUGGAUCCUCGUUUGGGGCGGCACGAAUGUGCUCGCCCAAGUCCUUCAUCACAUCCGCGACCGCCCUGAUGCCGCUUCGCUGCGCUCCAAACUUCGCGUCUACAGCAUUUCCGACCAGGACGACUCGGGCGCGUGGGUUCGCCAACAGUGGCCCGAAAUCCUCUACAUAUGCUCCGUCCACGGCUGGAACCAGUAUGCAAAUGCCACAUGGACCGGCAUAUCCGCCCCUUGCGACCAGACUGGCCCCGACACAUCGCGCAUCACUGGGGGAGUGGUUGAAGGAGAACAUUCAGAUCGGACCCUUGGGCGCAUGCUACCCCGACUUUGAAUUCAUCAUUGAGGGCGAUACCCCAACCUUCCUCUAUCUCAUUCAAAAUGGCCUCGGGGUCUCGGAGGAGCCCUCCUUCGGUUCUUGGGGCGGUCGAUACCUACCCACUAAUGUUUCCGAGCACGGCAUUUCAAAGGGCCACCACGCUGACGUCUCCGACAUGGUCAUCGGUCAGGAUGGCAAUGUGUAUGUCAGCAAUAAGGCCACCAUUUGGCGCUGGCGGGCAGCCUUUCAGGACGAUUUUGCGGCGCGUAUGCAAUGGUCAUUGUCGCCCGAUUUCACAAAAGCGAAUCAUCAUCCUAUCAUCUCCAUCGACGGCGAUAUCGGUCUGGAGCCACUCUGCCGAGACGUCGCGGCCGGGAGCACCGUUACUCUCGAUGCAUCAUCGUCUUAUGAUCCUGACGGCGACACACUCGCGUUCAAGUGGUUUCAGUACCGCGAGCCAAGUGCCAAGCAGACAUAUCACACAGCCGAGGUGUCAGAGCUUGAGAUUAAGUCGGUGAACGAGCAAGGCAGCAAGGUUGAGGUGACGAUAGCGCCGAGGGAGAAGUCGUGCGUGCUGUUCAGGGAGAAGAAGCAGAUUGAGAGAGGCCUCCUGCUGCAUCUGAUUCUCGAAGUGACAGACAGUGGAACACCGGCAUUAACGAGCUAUCGCAGGGUGAUUCUUCAGCCAUUUGAUGAGGAUUGGAAGAGCACCUAA